AUGACUCGCCUCGAGCUCUGGCAGUCAUGUUAUCUGCUAUUCCCCUUCCUCGUCCUGUGCCACCUGUACAUCUCACCCUAUACCAAAGUGGAGGAAUCCUUCAACAUCCAAGCCGUCCACGACAUCCUGGAAUAUGGCGUGCCCACCCGCCACGCGAAUCUCAAGUUCAAGGCCUUCUAUGACCACAUGACCUUUCCUGGAGCCGUGCCUCGCACCUUCGUCGGGGCCGUGUGGCUGGCUGCCAUCGCGAAGCCAAUUGCGUGGGUAGGACAUCUCGACGGCCCUCAGCAACAGCUUCUCGUCCGCGCCAUCCUCGGCCUCUUCAACGCCGCGGCGCUCAUCUACUACGCCUCCAACGUGCGGCGAGCAUAUGGCAAACUCGCCGCCGCGUGGUACGUCGUCCACCAGGCGAGCCAGUUCCAUGUCUGGUACUACGCGUCGCGGACGUUGCCCAACAUGUUCGCCUUUGGGAUAAGCACGUUUGCCCUCGCCCUCCUCCUUCCCGUCACGUCGUCGUCGUCGUCGUCAUCAUCAUCAUCUACGGACUCACGUGUCAAACGUACCAAGGUCGGCCUGUACCUCCUCACGCUGGCCGCCGUGGUCUUCCGCUCCGAGAUCGCCCUUCUCCUAGGCUGUCAGUGCCUCUGGAUGCUGUGUCGUGCAGGGUUUGAGAUGACUGCUGCGCUCUCUCUCGUGCGCAAGAUCUUCAUCCCGGCCAUCCUCACCGCGACCGCCGCCGGCCUGAUGUUGACCGUCGCUCUCGACACGUAUUUUUGGCAGUCGCCCACGCCCCUGUGGCCUGAGAUGGCGGCGUUCUUGUCCAACGUCUUCCCGCCCAAGGACGGCCUCGGGGCCUCUGCCUGGGGCACAAGUCCCUGGCAUUGGUACUUCACCAGCGCCCUGCCACGGCUGCUGAUCAACCCCUUCUGGAUCGGCCUGAUCCCCGCCGGCUUCCUCUUCCACAGCAUGGCACGCUCGAAUCUGGACCUCCUGGUGCCGCCAUUGGGCUACGUGUGUCUGUACUCCUUCCUCGCGCACAAGGAAACCCGCUUCCUCUUCCCCGUCGUCCCUCCUCUGACGGCCGCCUUCGCCCGCGUCGCCGCUCACUUCUCCGUCCUGGCCGGCCGCUCGAACAUCUCCUGGCUGGCGGUCAACUCUAUGAUGCUGGCGACAUGCGGCAUCACCCUGGUGUCUCACCUCGUCCUCCUCCCACUGUCCGCGCAGACCUACCCGGGCGCCCACGCCCUGAUGUCGCUGCACGCCGUCUCGCUCAACUACGCACCUCAGCCCACCGUGCGCGUCCACCUGACCAACCUCGCGCUGCAGACCGGCGUGACGCGAUUCCUCUCGACGCCCUCGUACGACGACGACAUGUUCAGCGGCCACGGCCGACCCGUCUUCUACCUCCCCGGCUCGCCGUCGGGUGACAAACCACCCCUCGUGUCGAGCCAGCGCACGAAAUGGAUCUACGACAAAUCAGACAACCAGACGGCCUUCCUCUCCCCCAUGUUCUGGGCGCGGUUCGACUACGUCGUCGUCGAGGACCCCGGCCGCGUCAUCGGCCGGUGGGACGUGGUCGACAAGGUCCCCGCGCUGGGCGCUCCGCGGAUCAUGGCACCGGACGUCGGGAGGGGAUUGCUCGUGCUCGGGGACAAGGAGGACGGCGAGCGCAGAGAAGAUGACGGCCUGUCCCGGCUCGUCGAAGCCAUGUACGGGAAGACUAUGAAGACAGUGUACGGAGUCGUGCACGAUGUGCUCCGAGAAGGCUAUGGCGGCAUGCUGCCGCGCGCGAGUUGGACAGGGGGAUGGUGGGUGCAUCUGGGGCUGGAGAACAGGUUAUAUAUCCUGAAAAGGGCGUGGGGGGGGGGGGGGGGGGCACUAUAUCAUGAAUGA